UUCAGCUGGCAGCACCUGGCCAAACUGCAUCCGAGUUUUAGUCGCUAAGAAUAAAUUUCGCAAGCUUAUAGAUUCGCGAAAAAAAAUUCAAAAUAGCGCUGAAAGUGUUAACUUAGUGAUUGAAAAACUUAUAAUUGUGUUGGCAUCAUGGCAGAAGCUGUGAAAAAAGAAAGUGGUGCCCAGCAGCGACCCUUGGAUGGUGGGGGAGGAGGUGGCAGCGGAGGCGGAAGUGGCGGAGGAGGUGGCACAGGAAUGCCCAAAAGGAAGCAUCGCCGGGGCAAAAAGUCCAAGAUGUUGCCCAAGAAAACCAAAAAUCAGUAUCCACAGUGGAAACUCGAUAUGACAACGGGUGCGGGAACAGAGGGAAAUAUCCGCCAGAACAGUCGCACCAAGCUGGUCCGCUCGCGAUCCUUGCUCGUUCCAUACAACACCAAUCGCUUUCUGAUGGAGGAGCACAUGUCGGAGGUGCCCAAGGACGACUCCGACGACAACUGCUUUGGUUCGCAGGCUGAGGACCAAGUGCUUUUUCUGUCCAAGGAGUUUUCCAAUGUCUACGAACGAGCGCGACUCGAACGCCUGGAAACUAUGAGCAAGCAAGAGCUUAUCCAGGAGUGCCUGCAGAUCGAGGAUCGGUAUUCCAAGGCUCAGAAUAUCUCCAAGGAAUUUAGCGCUAAAAUACGAACGCAGGAAGAAAAAAUGCGCCAGCUGACUAGGGAGAAUCAAUUUCUGCGCUCCCACUUCUUGCGCUCGUCGUCGACGACAGCAGGACCGGGGGCAGCAGCAGCGGCCGCUGCCUCCCCGCCCUCGGCGGUGGCGCCCACGCCAAGCUCCGCCUGCGAACUGCAAGCCAGACAACAGCCUGCGCAGCAGCCCCAACCCACACCAAUGGACUCCUCCAGUGAGGACAGCGAGAGCGACAGCAGCAGCACCACGUCGAGCACAACUUCCAGCACUUCCUCGAGCAGCAGUGAUGGCCACGAGAUGGGCGUUGCCGGGCUGAAUAUUGCCAACGGGCAUGCCGAGCGGCACGAGCGGAGCCGUACACGCUCCAGAUCCAGAUCGCCGAUCCAUCUGAAUAAUGGCCACGCCAACGAGGAAGAGCGACAGCGUCUGCUUGACGGCAAUCAAAUGGACGAAGACGACAACUCCAGCGAUAUCCCGAAGCCAGGCGAUGCAGCCGUCAAAUAGGCUGGAGUGGAUCACUCCGCCCUGUGUAAAUAGAAGACUCAAUUGUGGUAGAAUGUGGCAACAUAUGGACAGAAACCUUGUUUAUUUUUUAAGUCAUCUGUGGGCGCCCCAAGCAAGUAGACUUCAUUUGAAUCAUCAGUUCAUCAUUCAUUAAAGGCAUUAGCAUUAUUUUAUUAUCUGCAUACAAUGUCUCCAACUAUAAUUUGUUGUACAGCGUUGUAUACAAUUCUUCAAGAUGUUGGCUCGACGCGUUAAUGAUUUUAAUGACAUUUUAUAUAAUGAAAACUCGAUUUGUAGGUAAAUAAAAAGUUAAAUCGUGAAUUCGAA